UUUUUUUUUUUUUGGUGUUUCUAACUGGUUCAUCUUUUGCAUUGGGCUAAUUCAGAUUCAGAGGACUCAAUUUUGUCGUGAUUAUAUUGAUUAAUUAUCAAUGUAAUCUUAGUUACACUUUGUAAGAAAGUUCACAGCUAGAAUAGUCCAAAAGUGCUUCCUCUUUGAAAGGAAAAAAGGUGAUGUUUUCUGCCAGUUUCUCAAUGCGCAAGCUGUAUUAUAAUGCAAGAUAGUUUCACAAAAAAAAAAAUCUACCCAUAAUCCUAUUAAUUUCUUUCUCAUGCAUUAAGAUAUAAAACCAAAUACGUUAUUCUUAUUAUGGUAACAAAUCAUCUCUAACUUAUAAUUAACUCACUAGAGGCUAUCUUUGAUAAGAUAGCUUAGAUGCUCCAACUCAUUCAUCAUCAAAAAUAAAAAUGCUCAUUUCCAUUCAAAUUAAAAGUCCUUAAACAUUAUAAAGUUCCAUCACCAAAAUUUAACAAUAGAUUAUUUAGUAUAUAUGGAGAUGGUUAUAGAACUUUGUGUUAGAUCAUCAAAAGCAUGGAACAACAUUGAAAAGGGCUUGAAUGACAACAUCUCAAGUAGUAGAGUGGGCAAAUACUUCAAAUUAGAUGAGAAGAAGAGUUGUUUCACAAGGGAGUUUAGGGCUGCUACCACCACUUUCCUUGCCAUGGCUUACGUUAUCACCGUCGUCUCCACCCUCCUUAGCGACACCGGUGGUACGUGCCCAACACCGAGCCCGAGCCCAAGCCCAGAGGAGCCCAACAUGGAGUAUGACAACUGCAUUUCAGUGGUCAAGAGUGAUUUGAUUGUAGCCAUUUCAUUGGCUGGAAUGAUGGGCUGCUUUGCUAUGGGCCUUUUAGCCAACCUUCCCUUUGGGCUAGCCCCGGGAACCGGUCAAACCAUGUACAUGGCCUACAACUUGGUGGGUAUCCAUGGAAGUGGGCCCAUGUCAUAUUCAAAUGCAUUGGGCUUGUGGAUAGUGGAGGCCUUAUUCUUCAUCGCGAUAUCAGCAACCGGGCUUCGGGCCAAGCUAGGUAGACUAAUCCCACCUUCGGUCGGCCUUGCUUGUGCCGUUGGGAUGGGGUUGUUCAUGGCUUUUAUUGGGCUACAAUCCCAACAAGGUGUGGGCCUUAUUGGGCCUGACCCAAGUUCAAUCGUUCGACUACUCUCGCUAAAAAGCCUAACUUUGUGGUUGGGCAUAGUGGGCUUUUUGAUUAUGAGCUAUGGACAAGCCCAUGAGAUUAAAGGCAGUAUGAUAUAUGGAAUUUUAUUUGUGACUACAAUCUCAUGGUUUAGGGGCACCUCAGUUACAUACUUCCCUAAAACAGUUGAUGGUGAAGCAAGAUACAAAUAUUUCAAAAAAGUGGUAGAUUUCCACAAAAUCAAAAAAAUAGCUGGUAAAAUCAGUUUAACUGAUUUUUCCAAAGGAACAACUUGGGUGUCACUUUUCACUUUGCUAUACAUUGACAUUCUUGCAACCACUGGGACAUUGUACACCUUAGCUGAAAUAGGAGGGUUCAUAAACGAUAAAGGAUCGUUCGAGAACGAAUACAUAGCUUACUUGAUCGAUGCAUCAGUGACAGUCGUGGGCUCUGCUCUUGGUGUCCCUCCAGUGGCAACAUACACAGAGUCAUCGACGGGUAUGAAGGAAGGUGGACGCACAGGGCUAACAGCGGUGAUCAUAGGUAUAUUUUUCUUCUUGGCCUUAUUUUUCGCGCCAUUGUUAAUUAAUGUGCCUCCAUGGGCAAUAGGCCCUUCUUUGGUUAUGAUUGGGGUGAUCAUGAUGAGGGUGGCAAAAGACAUAGAAUGGGGCAACUUUAAAGAGGCAAUACCGGCUUUUAUAACAAUAAUUCUCAUGCCAUUUACUAAUUCUAUACCCAAUGGUAUAAUUGGAGGAUUGGGAGUUUAUGUUGUUCUUCACUUUCAUGAAUGGAUUGCUUGGUUGGUUAAAUCAGUCCUGAAGCCCAGAAAGAAGAAAGAAAUUGAAAGUGAUGCAAUUGGAGCUGAUAAUACGAGUGAAAUCCCUUAACAAAUCUUUUAACUUUGCAAUCCAUAGUUUGUACUCGUCCUUAAUUUUGUUUGAACUGCAUUUGUACUCUUGUUUAAGUUAUAA